AUUACAAUUUAUUUAUUUAAUAUUAAUAAAAAAAUUAAAAGAUCUGAUGAAGAAUCUAUGCUCACCAUUUGCUUAUGCUGAUUUUGGGCCCCACCAACAAAAAUUCCUCCCCUUUUCCUUUUUUUUUCUUCAAUAAAUAAUUCUUAACCUCCUCAAAGCUUCAAUCUUUAUUAAUAAUUAUUGAAAACAACAAAAAAAAAAAAAAAAAUACAAAUCUCUUUCACCCAAAAGGGCCAAAUUGAUUUGUUUAAAGAGAAAAAAAAGACCCAUUCUGGGAAAAUAUAUUAUUUAAUUUCUAGUAAUUUUUUUUUUGAAUUGUUUUAUACAUAUUACUGAUCAGAUAGAUAGAUACAUACAUAUAUAUAUAUAUAUAUUUAUUUAUACGGAUAAGCUUGCCGGCGAUGCCGACGCCGGUGGGCGUAGCCCGCCAAUUUUUGGCUGAGGCGGCGGCCGCUGUUCUGGACGACGCCGUGGGGGUGGCGAAGCGGCGGAGCCACUCGCAGACGACGUCGACGCACAUCGUGUCCGCCCUACUAGCCCUACCUUCGUCCACACUCCGCGAGGCCUGCACACGCGCCAGGAGCUGCGCGUACUCUCCACGCCUCCAGUUCCGAGCUCUGGAGCUCUGCGUCGGCGUCGCCCUCGAUAGGGUUUCGGUGUCCAAAUCCGCCGUCGACGAGCCGCCGAUCUCGAAUUCGCUGAUGGCGGCGAUCAAGAGAUCCCAAGCCAAUCAGCGGCGCCACCCCGAAACCUUCCACCUGUACCAGCAGCAGCUGAAUUCGAACCCCCAAAACCCUCCUUCAAUUUCCGCGGUGAAAGUUGAGCUGAAGCAUUUCGUCAUGUCUAUAUUGGAUGACCCGAUUAUCAGUCGGGUCUUCGGCGAUGCGGGUUUCCGGACCCAGGAGAUAAAGCUAGCAAUUAUAAACCCUCUCACCAUUACAAGAUUCUCAUCCACCAGCUACCGCCCCCCGCCCCUGUUUUCGUGUAGUGUGACUGAUUUCGAACAGAACAAACGCCGCCAUGGUUUCCCCUUCUCCGAAAUCGCCGCUACAGCAGACAAACCCGACGACAACUCCAGAAGAAUAGGCGAAAUUAUUUCGAAGAAAAAUCAUAGAAACCCGUUACUCAUCGGCGUCUACGCGAGCGAUUCGUAUCGAAAUUUCGCAGAUUCUUUAAAGAGGGGCGAAACAGGAGCACUCCCCAACGAAAUCGAUCGGUUGAAUGUGGUUUCGAUCGAAAACGAGAUUUCCGAGUGUACCGAUGGAAAUCCGAGCAAAGAGGCAAUGGAAUCGAAGUUUAAGCAAGUGGACGAAAUGGCGGACGAUUGCCAAGGGUCCGGAAUUAUUUUAAGCUGUGGGGAUUUCAAGAAGUUUGUGGAUGCGGAAUCUUUGGAUAUCGUAAAUAAUAUUGUUUCGAAUUUGAAGAGAUUAUUGAUCGACCGUGUCGGAAAAUUGUGGUUGAUUGGAUUCUUGGCAGGUGAUGACGAUUACAAGAAGCUAUUAGAUCGGUUUCCUUCGAUCGAGAUGGAUUUGGAUUUGCAUCUUCUGCCCAUUACUUCUUCGUCUUCUCCCAUCGGAGGGAAGUGUUUUCAAUCCAGCUUGAUGAGGUCGUUUGUUCCGUUCGGUGGAUUCUUCUCUAUGCCAUCUGAGCUCGAAAGUCAAUGCACCACCACCACAAAACCCUCGAAUUUUUUUUGCAACUCGUGCAAUGAAAAGUACGAGCAAGAAGUAUCUGUUAUUAUAAAGGGAGGUGUAUCAACCGAUUCAGUUUCCGACAGGCAAUCGGUUGUAAAUCUACCUUCUUGGCUGCAAAUUAGUGAAUGUGAAACUAGCAAGAGAUCUCACACAGUAGAGGCUAAAGAAGACAAAUCUGUGUUCGAUGCCAGAGUGGCGGCCUUGCAGCGGAAAUGGAGCGACAUCUGUAAGAAGCUUCAUAGCUCUUCGGCAUCUCAAGAGAAUAUUCCAUCUUUUAUGCAUCUUCCUUUACGGAAAGAUACUGCUGUUGCGGGUUCUUUAUUAAAUCGAAGCAGAACAGAUGAUUUAAAUCAUUGCAUGUCGAAGCAAAAUAUUCGGGAACAUGCUGUGAAUGCACAAAACUCGUCGCCUUUUCAGCAAAAGAUGAGCUCUGAUCUAUCUCUUGCCACUGAUUUGACGCUCGGAAUAGGUUACGGUUCUGCUGAGGAAUGCAGAAGAAAACCCAAUUUGCAUGAGAAAGCGAAAACACCCAGUGAAGUUUCUCAUUCUUCUUCAUCUUGCUUGCGUAAUCUUGAAAAACAGAUUUAUCAUUCAAAAGAACUCGAGCCCGAAUGGAAGCUUGUAGCUGAAAAGGUCUAUUGGCAGAUGGAAGCCAUUCAAACUAUUAGUCGAACAUUGUCGCGUUGCAAAACUGGAAACAGGAGAGAUAUUUGGGUCGGCUUUAUGGGACCCGAUAAAAUUGGUAAGAGAAAAAUAGCUGCCUCGAUUUCUGAGAUAGUAUUUGGCAGAAAAAACGAAAGCUUUCUAUCUUUGGAUUUGAGUCAUCAGGGUAUGAUUAUUAGCCCAUCUAACUCAGUUGUUGAUUUUUACGACUCCAAAUAUCACAAACCGAAGAAUGGGAGUGGGAGAAAAUUGAUAAUUGAUUAUCUUGCCGAAGAAAUAAGCAAGAAUCCUAAUUCGGUUGUGCUUCUUGAAAAUGUGGACAGGGCGGAUAUCGUGGUUCAAAAUAGUUUAUCCCAAGCAGUCAAAACGGGUAAAAUUACGGAUGCGCGGGGCAGGGGCAUAAACGUAAAUAACACUAUAUUCAUCCUUGCAUCGACGCUAGUCCAAAAGGGUAGUAGUCAAGAUCCGCCUUUCGGCAAAGGUGCUGCAUGCGAAUUUUCAGAAGAUAAAAUAUUACAAGCCAAGAAUUUCCAGAUGCAAAUUGUACUAGCAACCGUCGGUGAUGGGAUUCACCACACGAACAAGAACACGGCGAACGUUUCGGUUUCUAAUAAGAGGAAAUCAAUUGGCGACGAAUCGAGCAAGGCUGACGAGGCAUCAAAGCGUGCUCGUAAUAGAAUAUCCAGAUCCACCGUUAUUGACUUGAACUUACCUGUGGAGGAGGAUACGGACGACGACGAUGAUGUCGUUGAUGACGAUGAUGAUGUCAUUGAUGAUGGCGCGUGGUUUGAAGAAUUGCAUGAGCAUGUUGAUGAAAACGUGACGUUCAAAUCAUUUGAAUUCGAUUCUCUUGCUCGGAAAAUACUGAAGGAAAUCGACGUGCGGUUGAAAAAACUAGCUGGGGGUAGGGUUUGGCUGGAAAUCGAUAGAGAAGUAAUGCUUCAAAUAGUUGCAGCGGGUUUUUUAGCAGACUGCGAAAAGGCGAUGGGUGAUUGGAUUGAGCAAGUUCUUUGUCCGAGUAUAGACAAAGCCAUUCAACGGUGCGGUGUUGCUUCCGAUGUUGUAGUGAAAUUAGUACACUGUGACGGCCUUGCUGUGGAAACGCCGGCCACCGAAGUUUGCCUUCCGGCGAGGAUAAAUGUGAAGUGAUGAUAGUCCUUUUUUGUUUUUUUUGUUUUUUUUUGUUUUUUUUUUUUUGUUUUUUGUUUUUUAAUGUAUGUUGUAACUCUUGUACAAUUGUACUUGUGUCAAUAUGUAAAACCUAAAACUAGUCUCUAGUUGAGCUAUAUAUAAUAAUAUGCGUUAGUGUUGUUUUUUCCCAACCAUCAA